UCUUCUCUCGCUAUAUAUCUGUCUGUAUUGCAUAGCUCAUUUUGGCACACAAGCUUCCUACCAAGCGAAUAGAAGACCAUUCAUAGCUCGAUAGGAGGGUGGAUGAAGCAAGAGCCUGGGAGGCAAGAAAAGUAAGCAAAUUUGAAGCGUAUCCAUACUAGACUGGAUGGAUAUUGCCACGCUAAGGCUCAUUAUAGAUGCUGUGCUAGCAAUUGAAAAGGCAUCGGAUAAUGUUGAGCAGAACGGAAAGGAUUGUGAGAGCAUCAAAGGCCGCGCUGAGAAGGUCUUGAAGAACCUAUCACGGGUCGAGAGCAACAAGCAGUUGAUGGAGGACUCUGUGGUGAGCUCCGCAGUUGUGGAGCUCGGUAAGAUCCUCGAUGAAGCUCAGGAGCUCGUUAAGAAGUGCCAGGUGAAGAGGAAUAUCAUAUGUGUUUACUGGACAGCGGGCAAGCUGUCUAGGAAACUGAGCCGGAUGAACCAGAGUAUAUCGGAUAGAAACUCGGACUUAAUGCAUGCUAUAAUGUGUGCUAUAAUGUGCUCACCAACUCAACGCGGUCACCAUCCUCCGGUCCCUGAGCCCGUUCGUGUACCAUCAUCUGCCCCUGAUGGUGAGAUGAACAAUCAUCACAAGCAGAUUGCCGACAUUGCGGACCAGAUCAAGGCGAGGAUGAAGAUGGUUCGCAAAAACAGGGAGGAGUGUUUUGAGAUUGAUAAGCGAGCGGGCAAAGUCACUGCCCUCCUGCCGCGGCUUGAGAAUACAGACAUGAUGAAGGACCCGGAAAUGAGCGCCGACCUGGAGAAGCUCGUCGAGACUUUCCAGCACGCCUACGAGCUUGUCACGGCUUGUCAGGGAAGGAACUUUUUGAUGAUCCGGCCAGCACAAGGAUGUCAAGGAGGAAACGGCCGUACGGACGGAGAACUAUCCAAAGAGCUCCAUCAGGUGUUGGAUCAAAUGGUGCUUGACCUGGAUGACAUGACUGAGAUCAGUAUCCGUUACGCAAAAGGAAACCGUGAAGCUACUACUCCAGCAGUACGGUUUACCGCAACUCUAAUGGUUGGCCACUUCGUUGUGAAACUAAAGCUUGCCAGGCAGAGAAGUAAAGGGAUGAUUGUACAGUCAAUGGGCCAUUUAAAGGAAAUAUCGCACUUGGACGCAAGCUUCAAGGCUGAACCUGAGGAGAUCGAAGCAGUAGCCAGUGAAUCAAUCUCUCUCACUAGUUCGUCGAACCUGCUGCCUGAUGAACCAAGCCUAUUACAGGGUGGUACAACAACCGAGGGACCGGGACCUUCCUCAUAAGUCUAAAUAAUCCUUUCAUGCUGCCUCUAGGUAAAGUUUAUAUGCCUUUUACCACCCUUCAGUAAAGGUGCAUGUAUCAUACAAACUUUACCUGCGAGCAGCUUCAAAGGACGACGUUCAUGGCGUCCCGGCUAGGGUCGCACCUGCUGUUGGUUUUCCUUUGUAUCGGUUUAUGCUGCUGGUGGAUAUAAUUCCUUUUCCUUGUAUCAGUUUUUCUAUUUAUGAACAAUUGUGAUGUGCCAGAAGUUUUUAAGCUGUUGUCCUUAAUUGGGAUGUAUGCUACUGUACCCGAAAUUCCUAAUUCACGCUUUAAUAAAAUAAAUGGUCAGCCUUUCAGGUACCAA